AUGACUUUAUAUGAUUCAUUUUCAAUGACUUCGCAUUAUUCAUAUGAAGCUGAAAGAGAAACUAAAAAUGAAACACGUUCAAAACAUCCUGGAGAAAGACCACUAGAUCCUGUUUGGAAGCAUUUUGCUGCAACUCCAUUAAAAUCACUCAGCCAUUUUUUUGCAAUAUGUAAAUAUUGCAAUACUCAAUUUAGCCAUGGGCAUCCAAAUGAACUUGAGGUGCAUCUUGCAAAAGAAUGUGAAGAUGAAAGCCUUGAUGAUGAAAUAAGAAGCAAAUAUCUUGAAAUUGUGGUUCAGAGACAACUAUCAAAGAAAAAACUAGUUCAAAAAAUCAAUCAAAAAAACAAAAAAUAA